GAUAGGAAUUCCGGAAUCCUUCGGCCAAGGCCAAAUCAAUUUAUGUUAUUACGGACCAUCCGCAACAUCCGGUAUCUAUAAUUGAGACGUGGGAAACAGACACCACACAUGGUUGUUCACGACAUUUGAUAUACGUCGAGAAAUCAGAUACAGCCACGCAACAGGCUUAUAAUAAAAAUGACAAACAAUGCGCAAGAAGUUCAAAAGGGCAACAGGCCGAUUGUACUCAUAGACGAAGAGGAACGACAAGAAGAGGCAACAGAAACAAGCCCGCUGGUCGGCGCAAGCAAUGGGAAUGAUGCGACAGAAGACAACGGAGGUCGAAAAAGACAGGAGAUCUGGAUAGGUUAUGAAGAUUUCAUCGGCCUUCCGUGGUAUCGGAGACCUUCGGUUUACUGGCUUCUCGGGCCAUACUUUUUAUUUACUCUUGCAUUUGGUGGCGUCAUUGUACCGAAGCUGAACCUAAUUGUCGAUUUAAUAUGUCGCAAUUAUUUCAGCGAGCGCCAAACGCUUGACCCGAAUUUUACAUUCUUGCCGGUGGUCAUGGGCGGCGACAACCCUCAAUGCAAUGAUCCCCGGGUUCAGAAGAAUGUUGCUGCUUUCACACUCGUGAUCAGCGCUCUAACAGGUUCCUUAAGCGCACUUACGGCGCCAAAGUUAGGUUCGCUAUCUGAUCGAUAUGGUCGAAAACGCCUUAUGGUGAUGGCAUCCUGUGGUGGUCUAGUAAAUGAAGUCGUCACUAUCCUAGCUGCGAAAUUCCCCGACACCGUUAGCUACCACUGGUUGAUCCUAGGCGCAUUCUUUGACGGAAUUACCGGUUCCUUUACGGCGGGCAGCAUAUUAGCGAACUCAUACUCGAGCGACUGCGCUCCGCCGUCUAAACGCGGAGUGCAUAUCGGUUACCUCCACGCUUGUCUAUUCACUGGUUUAGCAUUUGGUCCCCUCCUCGCCGGCUACUUCGUCGAAUGGACCGGGUCAUUAUUGUCAAUAUUCUACGUUGUCCUCGGCUGCCACGCUUUCGUCAUCCUGUUCUUCUGGUUCUUUUUACCCGAUUCGAUAUCUAAGAAGCGCCAGACGGCCGCAAGGGAGAAGCAUCGAGCUCAAAACGAAGCUACAGCUAUGCAGCUGAGAUCAGGAAUUCCGAGUUCAGUCGGAAAUUUUGUUGGGCCACGAGUCGCUUCGUAUCUAGAUGAUCACAUGGGAACUUGGCUACCAGCAGUUCUAAGCGCUAACCCAUUCGCACCCCUGAAAAUGCUCGUUCCAAGUGGACGAGAUAAUAGUCGCUUACGGCGGAAUCUGGUUCUCCUCGCUCUUAUCGACUCAGUGGUUCUAUCUUCGUCAAUGGGCGCGAAUAUUGUCAUCGUACUCUACUCCGAGUACAUGUUUGACUGGGGAACCUUGCAAGCUUCGCGAUUUGUAUCGGCUGUGAGCAUGGUGCGCGUAGUCAUCCUUCUCUGCAUCCUCCCGGUCAUCAACUACAUAUUCCGCAUCCGGCCCUUACGUCGUCAACAACGCGAGAGUGGAGAUGCGGUCAUGGUCGAGAAAAACUCUGGCGCCGAUAACCUAGACGUAUGGAUUCUACGGGUUGCCCUUUUCAGCGAUGCUAUAGGCGCAUUCGGCUACAUAUUUGUCCGCCGAGAGGAAUUAUUCAUCUUGUGUGGUCUAGCGACGGCGUUUGGCGGCUUAGCAAGCGCCACCAUCCAAAGCGCAAUCACAAAACACGUCCCGGCGGAGCGUGUAGGUUCCCUAUUAGGGGCUAUCGGGCUCCUGCAUGCGCUCGGACGGGUCUUUGCGCCCGCGCUUUUCAACGGCUUAUACGCUGGAACAGUCGAGACAUUCCCACAGGCAUUUUUCGUCCUAUUGGCUUCUCUAUUCGGGCUGGUGGUUCUUGCGAGUUUCUUCGUGAGACCACACAUUUACAUGAAGGAAGACGGCUAUGUCGCAGUCCCGUCUCAAGUUCCGAAUGAUGCUCGAACCCCGGAUAUUACUGCCGAUGAAGAAGUCUUAGGCUUAUAAAGAGUUUGUAUAUGUUGAAUUAUGACGAGCCACGUUUUCAUCGUAUCUUGCCCUACAUAAACUUUUCCUUUAGAGCGUAUAAAAUUUUAAUCGUACAUAUAUGUACAUUUGUGUUGAAUUUUGGGUUAAAGAGUUGAUCGGUGUUGGCGGCAGUGUGUCAAAUCUGGUUGCGUAGACAUACUUGAAUUUUGGUGUAGCGUUGAUUAUUAUAUCAGUUGGGCGUUCGUUAGGUGAUAUCAAUUAUGUAUUCCGUGAAACUUCUUAGUUCAGUGAAGCCUUGUGUUUCAACAACAAGAAGAUGGGAAUUUCACAUCGAUAUUAUAUAGAGGCUAUAUUUGGCUUACAACAUCAUUACAUUGAGGAUAAGAGAUUUCCAUCUCAUACAAUAUUCCAAAGUUAGGUAUCAUUCA